AUGGUGAUGAAGGUGGACAGAAUGAGAAACUUUUUCACCAUGGCAGAGGUAUCUGAAUUUAAAUGGCAUGUUCUUAUGCCCGUGUCCACCCCGGCCCGUGUCCACCCCGGCCCGUGUCCACCCGCGUGUGUGUUUGCACCCCAGCCCGUGUCCACCCCAGCCCGUGUCCACCCCAGCCCGUGUCCACCCCAGCCCGUGUCCACCCCAGCCCGUGUCCACCCCAGCCCGUGUCCACUCUCUAUGGAAUGUGCGCGACGUGCCAACAACGGCAAGUUCACGCUGAGGGACCUAUUGGUGGUGCCCAUGCAGAGGGUACUGAAGUACCACCUAUUGCUACAGGAGCUGACGAAGCAGACGGCUGACUGGCAGGAGAAAACCAAUCUCCGCCUCGCACUGGACGCGAUGAAGGACUUGGCCCAAUACGUGAACGAGGUGAAGCGUGAUAGCGAGGCGUUGCGAGAGAUCGCUCAGUUCCAGCACUGCAUCGACAACAUGAACCAGUCGCUGGACAUCUACGGGCGGCCAAAGGUGGAUGGAGAGUUGCGUGUUCUCACGCUCGACAAACGCGGGCGACAGGACCGUUACGUUUUCCUGUUCGAUAAGGCGGUCAUUGUGUGCAAGAGACGAGGUGACAACUAUGAGAUGAAGGAGAUUAUCGACCUGAAUAGCUACAAGAUCACCAACAACCCGACCACAGACAAAGAAAACAAGAAGUGGUCCCAUGGAUUCUACCUCACCCAUCUCCAUGGACACAACGGCUUUGAGUUCUUCUGUAAGACCAAGGAACUGAAGAAGAAAUGGCUGGAGCAGUUUGCCAUGGCUCUAUCCAACAUCCGACCAGACCACAGCGCCAGCAACGAGCACAGUUUCACCAUGCACACCUUCGCCCAGGUCACUGUCUGUAAUGCCUGCAACAUGCUGCUCCGGGGCAUAUUUUACCAGGGAUACCUGUGCUCAAGGUGUGGAACCGGAGCCCACAAAGAGUGCUUGGCAAGAGUUGCAGUCUGUGGCAACAUUGCAGCAGAUCCCAGGAGAGACAGACAGGCGAACGGCUUCAACGGACACGAGAGGCAGAGUUGUUCAUUGGAUCCAGGACCGCCGCGAAUGCAGGUGACGCAGAGUUACCGAGGAUCGCCGCAGCCUCCGGGCCCGGGACCGGCUCUACCCAUGCAGCCGGGCGACAUCAUCGAGGUGUAUGGGGCCGAAGCCCACUCCACCUGGUGGCAGGGUCGAAACCUAACUACGAGAGAGGUGGGCUUCUUUCCCCGAGACUGCGUGCAUCCCCUGCCCUGUGUUCCAAAGGGGGUGGAUUACUCGGAAUUUACAUGGUUUGCUGGAGCAAUUGACCGGCUGCAGGCAGAGGCAGAAUUGAUCGACCGUGGGAACAGCACUUUCCUUGUUCGCCAGAGGCCAAAGGAGUUGGAAGAAUUUGCCAUCAGCAUCAACUACAACAGUGAAGUUAAACACAUAAAGAUUAUUUCCAGAGAUUCAUCCUUCUUCAUUGCACAGAACAAGCGGUUUCGGACAUUAAAGGAGCUGGUGGAAUAUUAUGGCUGCCACUCCCUGAAGGAAGGUUUCCGCUGUCUCGACACCAUCUUACAGACUCCCUACAAGGUUCCAGAGUCUGCCCUCCGUAACAGGACAGUCCAGGCUGCAGGCUCAGUGCCGAGACUACGGGAGCUGGGAGUAGCUGUGGCUCAGUACGACUUCUCCGCCCGGGACAUGCGGGAGCUGUCGCUCAAGACAGGAGAUGUGGUGACGAUUCACAGCAAGACCGGGACGGACGGCUGGUGGCGCGGGUCUGUCUACGGGAGGGUGGGUUGGUUUCCUUGUACCUAUGUGGAGGAGGUUUGCAUUAACUGAUCGGGGCUGUCGGCAGAAGGACUGGAGAUCCGGGACAGACGAUGUACAGAGUCUUUCUGGGUCGCGGUCACUAGCGCGGACGGCCUGAGCCCAUGGAUCACCGUGCCAUGGGGGGGUCUUGGUGUCACUGCAGGGACGGGACGGGACGGGAGACCCAGAUGUGUGACCACUCUCUCCAUCAGUGAGCGAGACUCUAGCACAUUGAUGCUGCCCGGUUAUUCUGGGCUGUGAGGGGGGAACGUUGUGGG